GGUGUCUGACUCAAGAUCUGCCUUGGAGCUGUACUUACAGGCUGCAGGGGAUGAAGGCAGGGCCUGCUCUCUGCUCACUGUCACCAUGUCCUGCCCAGGGCCUGAUCCUUCUGAGGAGCCUGGGAUCCAGGGCAUGUGGCGAGGGGCCUUGAGGAUCCUGCAGCUCCCCAGAGCCCUAGAUUGCCCCCUGCUGCAGGUGUUGGCUGGUAAGGUUAUUGGUGAGCAGGUGGAGGGUUCUCUGCCCUGGAUUGUCUCACGGCUCCUGGAAGGAAACAACUACAGCGGACUUCUUCUUCGCCUGGACCCUCAAGGUGGCUCCCUGAGCUUGCUCUGGGCUGCUCUGUUGGGGGCCGAGAGAAGGAGGAUGCAGGUGAAACAGGUGAGGCCCACCCUGUGGGAUGCUGUAGCGGAGGCCCAGGCCCGCCGGGCUGGCCUGAAGAGCCUGCGUUCAGGCCUCCUUGGAGACAGCCUGACAGACAGUGGGCUCAGCCAGUUGGGCAGGGCAUUGCGAGAAUUGCAGGUGGUAAAAGCCUGGAGCCGGCACCCAGGACACCGGAUGCUCGAAAGGGUAAAAGCUGAGGCUGUGGGGCUUCCAGAACUACAGCAGGUGACAGAUUCAACAGCAACCCACAGCCCAGGCUUCCAGGGAGAGCCCAAAGUGGUAGGAAAAACAGCAUCUCUAGGAACUGGGCUCCACCAAAAUCAUCCUCUUAGGGACUCUGAGGAACAGCCCUGGCAGGUCCCAGAUGUGGCCCUGCAGUUCUUCUUGGCCCAGGCACGGAGGAAGAGACUGCACGAACAGCACCAAAUAUGGAUCCAAGAGGAACUGAAGCAUUUGGAACAGGAGGAGGAGGUGGCAGGUGACCAGGUCAAAGGCCUGGGGGCUGGAGAGGAGGCCUCCAAGAAGAGGCAGAGAUGGCCCCGGGAGCAGACGGUGCUGAGACUCCAGCUGGAGGCCCUUCAGGCAGAGCAGAAUACUGCAGAGCGGGACCUCGCAGCCCUCUAUGACCUGCACGUGCGGGCUGCCCGAGCUCAGACACGUCAUAUGCUGCAGGUAUUCCGAGCCUGGCGAAGGCUGUGGGAGGAGCAGGCCAUGACCACAGAGCAUCACCACCGAAGCCUGCUGGCUGGUGUCCUGCAAGACAACAUCAACCUGGCCAUGCAGAACCAGGAGCUCCAAGCCCAGAACCAGCAGCUUCGGCAGGGAGUAGAGUAGACUGAGGCCAGUCAUUGCCAGAUUACUGCCCUGGGGAGAAAUCUGAUCAGUAAUCCUGCAAGGUCGGCUUCCUUUCUCUUCAUUAUUAAGGGGCCUAGAAGGGAGAGGGAGAUGGGACUCAAUAACCAAGUUAAACUUCG